AUGGAGCCCCUCGAGCUAUCCCCGGCCCUGCUGCAGCCACAGGUCACUGUGGUGGCCAUCCUGGGCAAGCUACUGGCCACCAUGCCCAGUCUGGACGAGAUGAUGCUGCUGAACCAGUCUGCAGGGCGCCUGUACUGGGACCUGGUGGACUUCACCGAGGACCUCCAGGACACCCUGUACCGCACUGGUGACACCUGGUGGCGCCACAAUGUCACCUCCAAUAAUGAUGACCCUCCCACCUCCCUGAGCCGGGCCCUGGCCGCCUACAAGAGCACCCCAGGGACCCCCCGGAACUGUGUGACAACGGUGGCCAGCGAGUGGCAGGGGUCAGUAGCCGCGCUCGUGGACAGAUGGGCCCGGCUGACCAGGGCAGCCACCAAGCUCUGCAACACCUGCAGGACAGUGGCCACCAAGGCAGCUGACAAGGAGGCCAAUGACACCACCUGGGCAAGGUGCCUGCAGGACAUGGCUGCCCAUUAUGUGACAGCUCAGGAAAACAUGGUGGAGCUGGGUCAGGCCCUAGGCAGGGAGGAGGGGGCCGAGGUGGCGGCCGAGCAUGAAGCCCGGGUGAGGGAAGAUGCCAGGGUGGAUGCCAGGGAGGUAACCACAGCCACCAUGGUGAGACAGCGGCUGGAGGCGGCCCUGGGGCCGCUGGAGCGCUUGGUGACCGUGUGUGAGAAAGCCACUGCGUUCCCCCGAGAGCUGCAGCGCCUCCUCAGGGACUUCGAGGCUGCCCUGAAGGGGACAAAUGAGGCAUCCCCUGAUGUCCCCGAGGCCUUGGUGGCCAUGGUGGCCGUGGCCGAGCGGGUGUGGGAGGCCAACGCCCGCCUGGCCCAGGAACACCUGCUGGAGACACUUCAAGACAUCAAUUUCUAUUUCACUGGUGAUCUCACCAGCCCCAGUGACUGUGAGGUGGCCAAGCGGUGCCGAAGAGCCACCGAGGACAUCCCAAGGCUCCUUCAACCACCAGAGUGUCCCCAGAGCAUCCCCAAUGUGUCCCCAGUGAGCGUGGAGCUCCAAGAGCUGUCCCCAGCCCUGCUGCAGCCACCGGUUGCCGUGGUGGCCACCCUGGAUGACCUGCUGGCCACCCUGCCCAGGCGGGACACGAUGCUGCUGAGGUCUGCAGAGAGCCUGCACUGGAGCCUGGCGGACUUCACCAGGUGGCUCUGGGCCACCCUGUACCACCUUGAUGGCACCUGGUGGCACCAAAAUGUCAGCUCCGAUGAUGAUGAUCCUCCCAUCUCCCUGAGCCAGGCCCUGGAUGCCUACAAGAGCACCCCAGGGACCCCCAGGAACCGCGUGACAACGGUGGUCAGCAAGUGGCAGGGGUCAGUGGCGACGCUUGUGGACAGCUGGGCCCAGCUGGCCGGGGCAGCCACCGAACUCUCCAACACCUGCAGGGAGGUUGCCACUGAGGCGGCCGACAGGGUGGCCACCGCCACAGCCCGGGCCAUGGAGCUGCAGCACAAGGCUGCCCGUGGUGGGACAGCUCAGGAAAACAUGGUGGAGCUUGGUCUGGCCCUGGGCAGGCAGGAGGGGGCCCAGGUGGUGACCGGGCAUGAAGCCCGGGUGAGGAGAGAUGCCAUGGUGGCUGCCAGCGAGGUAACCAGGGCCACCAAGGAGACACGGCAGGUAGAAGAGGCCCUGGAGCUGCUGGAGCGCUUGGUGGCCGAGUGUGACGAAGCCACUGCCUUCCCCCGGGAGCUGCUGCGCAGGCUCAGGGACAUCGAGGCUGCCCUGGAGGGGACAAAUGAGGUGUCCCCCAAUGUCCCCGAGGACUUGGUAGCCAAAGUGGCUGAGGCUGAGCAGCUGUGGGAGGCCAACGCCCACCUGGUUAAGGCUCACCUGCUGGGGACAGUUGAUGACAUCAUCGAGUUCUAUUUCACUGGUGGUCCCGCCAGCCCCAGUCCCUGUGGGGUGGCUGAGCGGUGCCUGAGAGCCACCGAGGACAUCCCAAGACUGGUUCAACUCCCAACACGUCCCCAAGCUGUCCCCAAGGUGUCCCCAGUGAGCAUGGAGCCCCAAGAGCUGUCCCCAGCCCUGCUGCAGCCACAGGUCACCGUGGUGGCCAUCCUGGGCAAGCUGCUGGCUACCCUGCCCAGGUGGAAUAAGAUGAUGCUCGGGUCCUCAGUGAGACUGUACUCGGACCUGGUGGCCUUCACCAGGGGGCUCUGGGCCACCCUGAACUGCAUUGAUGGCACCUGGUGGUGCCACAAUAUCACCUUCGAUGAUGAUUACCCUGUCACCUCCCUGAGCCAGGCCCUGGCCGCCUACAAAAGCACCACAUGCACCACCUGGUUCCAUGUGACAAUGGUGGUCAGCAAGUGGCAGGGGUUGGUGAAUGCGCUUGUCAACAGCUGGGCCGGGCUGGCCAGGGCAGCCACCAAGCUCUGCAAUGCCUGCAGGGAGGCGGCCUCUGAGGCAGCCUACAUGGUGGCCCAGGACAUGGCCUGGGCCAGGGAGCUGCAGGACAAGGCUGCUCGUGAUGGGACAGCUCAGGAAAACAUGGUGGAGCUGGGUCCAGCCCUGAGUGGGGAGGAGGAGGCCGAGGCCGCGCAUGAAGCCCGGGUGAGGAGAGAUGCCCGGGUGGCUGCCAGCUGGGCAUCCAGGUACACCAUGGUGAGACAGCGGGUGGAGGCGGCCCUGGGGCUGCUGGAGCGCUUGGCGACCGCGUGUGACAAAGCCACUGCGUUCCCCCGAGAGCUGCAGCGCCUCCUCAGGGACACUGAGGCUGCCCUGGAGGGGACAAAUGAGGCAUCCCCCAAUGUCCCUGAGGACUUGGUGGCCAAGGUGGCCAAGGCCGAGCGGCUGUGGGAGGCCAAUGCCCGCCUGGCCAAGGAUCACCUGGUGGGGACACUUCCAGACAUCAAGUUCUAUUUUGAUGGUCGUCCUGCCAGCCUUAGUGCCUGUGGGGUGGAUGAGCGGUGCCAAAGAGCCAUCGAGGACAUCCCAAGGCUCGUUCAACAACCGGAGUGUCCCCAGAGUGUCCCCGCCAGGUCCCCAGUGAGCGUGGAGCCACAAGAGCUGUUCCCAGCCCUGCUGCAGCAACAGGUCACCGUGGUGGCCACCCUGGGCAAGCUACUGGCCACCAUGCCCAGUCUGGAGGAGGAGAUGCUGCCCGUGUCUGCAUUGCGCCUGUACUGGGACCUGGUGAACUUCACCAAGGAGCUCCGGGCCACCCUGCACCACACUGAUCACACCUGGUGGCGCCGCAAUGUCAUCUGCGAUGAUGAUGACCCUGUCACCUUCCUGAGCCGGGCCCUGGCUGCCUACAAGAGCACGCCAUGGACCCCCUGGGACCAUGUAACAAUGGCAACCAGUGAGUGGCUGCACUCGGUGGCUGUAGUUGAGGAGAGCUGGACUGAGCUGGCCUGGGCAGCCACCAAGCUCCACAAUGCCUGCAGGAGGGUGGCCGCUGAGGCGGCGGACAUGGCAGCCACUGCCACCGCCUGGGAAAGGCACAUGCAGGACAAGGCUGCCCGUGAUGGGACAGCUCAGGAAAACAUGGUGGAGCUGGGUCAGGCCCUGAGCAGAGAGGAAGGGGAUGAGGUGGUGGCCGGGCAUGAAGCCUGGGUGAGCAGACAGGCCAGGGUGGCUGCCAGCAAGGCAACAACGGCCACCAAGGUGAGACAGUGGGCAGAAGUGUCCCUGGGGCUGCUGGAGCGCUUGGUGGCCGCGUGUGACGAAGCCACGGCGUUCCCCCGGGAGCUGCUGCACAGGGUUGAGGACAUCGAGAUCACCCUGGAGGAGACAGACGGGGAGUCCUCCGAUGUCCCCGAGGACUUGGUGGCCAAGGUGGCCGAGGCCGAGCGGCUGUGGGAGGCCAACAUCCGUCUGGCCAAGGAUCACCUGCUGGGGACACUUCAAGACAUCAUCAAGUUCUAUUUCACUGGUGCUCCCGCCAGCCCCAGUGCCUGUGGGGUGGAUGAGCGGUGCCAAAGAGCCAUCGAGGACAUCCCAAGGCUCCUUCAACCCCCGGAGCAUCCCCAGAGCAUCCCCAAGGUGUCCGCAGUCAGCAUGGAGCUCCAAGAGCCGUCCCUUUCACAGCUGCUGGAGACUCUGGUGUCCGUGGUGGCCACCCUGGGUGAGGUGGCAGCCACCGUGACCUGGCCAUCCUGGGGCAUGCGGCAUUCUGAGCCCCCAAAGUCCCUGCACAUGGCCCUGGGGAGAUUCACCUCGAGGCUCCGUGAGACCCUGGGCCAUGGCGGUGGCACCUCCCUGGGAGACUCUGGUGUCCCCUGCCUGCGACUAGCCUUGGCCACCCUUGGGGCCACCCCUGGGACUAGUCAGGCCAAUGUGAGAGCCGUGGCCAGUGACUGGCGGGAGUCAGUGGCCAAGCUCGUGGACAGCUGCGACCAGCUGGCCAGGGAGGCCACCAAACUCUGUGACACCUGCAGGAAGGUGGUCACGGACCAGCAGCUGAUGGUGGCCCUGGACACGAAGGAGGUGGCCUGCAAAAUGGCCACGCACGAUGCCCAUGUAGCGGCAGCCACCAACGAGGCCAUGGGAGAGGCCAUGGCAGCCACCAGGCGGGCAAUGCCAGCCACCAGGAGGGGACAUUGGGCAGCAGUGGCCAAGGGCCCGCUGCAGCGCUUGGUGGCAACAUGUCACAGAGCCACCUUGUUCAACUGGAUUUUGGAGUGGCGGCUCAGGGACAUCGAGGCCACCCUAAAAGGGACAAAUGAGGUGUCCCCUGAUGUUCUCCAGACCUCGGUCACCAAGGUGGCCGAGUUUGAGUGGCUGUGGGUGGCCAGCACCCGCCUGGCCAAGGAUCACCUGCUGGGGACACUUGGGGUCAUCGACAACAUCCUCUUGAGUCCCUGUGGUGGCCACAGUAUCUUUGAUGUCCCCAGCAGACACACGGUGGCCAAGCGGUGCCAAAAAGCCAUCGAGGACAUCCCAAGGCUGCUGCGGAGACAGUGA